GCAACCCUGUAACAUUUUGCGAUUUAAUUAAAUACAGAAGGACUACACUUUGCAAAUUAUUUAUAUUUGCAAACGUAGCAGUCAGAAUUGCUCAGUUUAAAUGCGGUAGAUAACAUUUGGCAUAAUAAUAGUGUUUUAACAUGUCUAAAAUAUCUAAAGAUUGUGGGGAUAUGCCCUACAUGUUUGGAGAUCGAAAGAAAUAUUUGUCAAGAAUAACGAAGACCCUUUAUUAUGGAAAACUUCCCAAAACUGAUUGUCUAAGUCUACCCGUUACAGAACUGGCUGCCGAAAUAUUUUCCGAAGCAAAACGAGGCAAAUCUUUGGAGAGACUACACUGUUACAAAGCUGCACAAAUCUCAAGAAACGCCUGCGUAGCUCCAUGCUCUCUAGUGUUAGCCCUUCUUUAUUUGGAAAGACUGAAAACAUGUAAUGCACAGUACCUGGAAAAAGUUGCACCUUCGGAUUUGUUUCUUGUAUCAUUGAUGGUUUCUUGUAAAUUCUUAUUUGAUGAUGGAGAAGGAGAUGAUGUUUUUGUAGAUGAAUGGGCUGCAUCUGGAGAUAUUUCUAUUAAAAAAUUGGUUCGACUGGAAAAGGAUUUCUUAAAUGCUAUGAAUUGGGAAAUUUUUGUAAAUGAAUCAAAGUUUUAUGAGAAGCUCAAAGACAUAGAAAAUAUAUUAGCAAUACAGCAAGGCAAUGCUCGUGGCCACUUUACUUAUACAGAACUUCAUACCUUAUCAUCAUUAGUAGAAAUACAAAAGAUAGUGAACUGCAUAGUCGCUGUGGGUGCUAUAUUGGCUGUAACAUAUCUAGCUGGAUUCCUAACUCUCCUAACAUCUGUUCAUAUGACAAGCAAAGUACCUGGAACUGUUUUAUACCAGAAAAAGAUAGAAGAAAAAACAGAGACAGUAGCACCUUUCACAGAUGACGUAGUUGAAAACUGGACCGAUUUUAACCUAAAGACUGAUCUUGAUAAUAAACUGAGAACCCCAGUAGUGGUAGAUAUGUUGAAAACUAGUAUAUUACUAGCUUCUAUAAAAACCAAUUCCACCUCAUUUGAGACUAACAACAACUUCGAGAACAUUUCUUGGGAUUACUGGAACAAUCCCGUAAUGGACUGGUUGGCUAAGUCUUCACAGAUUAUCUCGUCUUAUGCUGAUGAACUACAGUUGAACUAUUUACCUUAUUACCUGGAGACUGCUGUGAUUAAUAUGAAGCAUAUUGAAUUAGAAGACCAAAUUCAUAAGGCUACCAAAACAAGGAUUCAAGAUCAAAUGGAGUCUUCCUGGCACACUGAAUGGAUAGAGUCUAUAAAAUUUGGGGUGUAUACAGAAACUGUUUCUUUUGGCUCAUAAAUGAGUAAAAAAUAGUGAAUUCAUGAAUAGUUACAUAUUUUUCUACAUUAAGAAUAUUUACAUGAUCUUUGUUUUUUUUUGGUGUAUUCAGGUUUGUUUAUAAUUGAUAGCUUAUUUUUCAUGAGUCUGAUCAUUUCUUGUUGAAUUUCAUGCCUUGUCAUAUCUUAUAAUUGAGGGGAUUUAAACUAUAAUAAAAGAAAAACUUCGCAAAAAUAAAUGUUUUUGCAUAAAUGACAAAAACAAGCAAAACCAUCAUUUACUUUUCUAUCUUUACUUAGAUUUGAGUACUAGAAAGUUCCUCUUCUGUCCUUUUCCGAGACGAAUGAAAACGGAAUGUGAUUGCAAGGAAUCCUUUUUGUUUUCUAUAUUCGUCGUCUGCGGUCUUAUAAAUUGUUAGAGUCGCAGAUUAAGGAUGUACCAGAAAGAACUUUCAACAUGAAAAGUCUAGAUUUAAGGGGCUAUCCUAGUGUAAAAGUACGAAGUUCAUAUACUUUUUUGGGAAUUUCUAAAAUAAAAAGUACUGUGCCAAUUAUUUUGAAAAUUUGCAUAGGAAUUUGUUGUAAAAAGAAGUACAUGUAAAACAAUUUUCAUAAAAAAAUAUUAUGGAGUUAUGCGCUAUCUACUGGCAUCGUGAAAAUAAAAACAUGGCUCCACUGCUGCAGUGAUUGGGACUAAUAGAGAUCCUUUUUUUGAGUGAAUUUGAUGGCCUUGGCCGAGCCAAUUAGCCAGACAUUUUGUUAUUUUAAAAACAAACAAAUUUGAUUUUUCAAUCAGAGGAAUUUUUUCCAUAUUUCUAACUCUAAAUACAUAACAAACUAACAUUAUUAUCUACAAUUAUUAUCUAAAUAAUUUUCUGUUUUGGUUGUUCAUUUUUUUUUGUAAAUUUUUAUUUUUUUUGUAUUUUUUUGCAUUUUUUUAUAUUGUUAAUUUGUUUUUUUUAUUAAUUUUUUUAUUGUUAUUUUUUAUAAAUUGUUUUUUUUUUACUACGCUAAGACGUAAACCCGAUUCAUCCUCGCGGAGGUUUACAUCUUCUUAGUUUUUUUUUUCUUUUUUUUAUUUUUUCUGUUUUUGUUUUUUUUUUUUCCUUUUCUCUUUUUUUUGUUCUUUUCUUUUUUCAAUUAUAAUAUACAAUAAUUACUUAAAUGUACAGGAUUUAAUAUUUAAUAGAUUUAAUAUUUAAUAGAUUUAAUAGAGAUCCUGAAACAUAAAAUUUCAAAGUUAUUAUUGAAACAUAAGUUAUUUUCUAUACCAUCAACUAGGGGUUUUUUGAUCGGAUAAAAAAUGUCAAUUUGGCGGUUUUUGAAACUGAAAAUGUUUCAGAUAAUUUUUAAAAAAAAUUUCAACACUUCGCCAUUUUUCCAAAUUUUAAAAUUUUUCAAAAAUCCUAGUUGAUGGUAUAGGAAAUACCUUAUAUUUCAGUAAUCACUUUUAAAUUUUAUGUUUCAGGAUAUUUAUUAGUCUCAAUCACUGCAGCAGUGGAGCUAUGCUUUUAUUUUGACGGUGCCAGUAGAUGGCGCAUAAAUCUUUUAAUUUUCAAUAUUUUGUUAUGAAAUUUUCAUUUUGUUAUGAAAUUUAUCAAAUUUUCAAAACAAUUGGUACAGUACUUUUAUUAUAGAAUUUCCCGAAAAAAGUAUAUGAAUUUCGUACUUUUACACUAAGAUAGCCAUUUAAAUAACUAUUUACCAUUUUAAUGGUGGAUUCUGCAUCUGAGACUCUUCAAUUUGUUAAGAGAUGUCGCUGGAUCGCGUCCCGAUGGGAAUUUGAAUGAUCUUUCAAAUUCCCCUUAAAUUGAUGGUUGAGCUGUUUUUCGAUUCAGAGGAGUGCAUGCUAGCGCUGUUGAAAAAGCCUGAAACGGUGGAAACAGCUGCCCGGCGAUUGUGCAUCCCUCUGAAUCGAAAACAAGCAAAACUAUCAUUUACUUAUAAAUGUUUUUAUUUAUGGAAAAUUACUUGGUACAUUUUGUGUUAUUAUUUCACUUAUUUUGAAUACUUUUUUAAGGCCUUGAUUUGAAAGGAUACUAAACGAUUCACCAAAAAUAAUAUCCAACACAUUACAGGCAAAGGGAUACAAGUGAAGUUGUACCUGUUUGGCGCAAACUGUUUUUAAAUAUUUCGUAAGUUGUCAAACUAAAAACUGCGACGUACCGCCACCAGUAGGUUAAUUCACCUGUAUCUCAUUGCCACUAAAUUUUUAGUACUAUCUAGUAUUAUUUUGUGCACUUAACUCAGUUUACAAUAUUUUGUCACUUGUACCUCUUAGCAUCUAAUCCCCUCAAUUGUUCUGUUUCAUUUUCUAAUUGUGUUGUGUUGUUUAUGGCUUGAAUAUGUUUGAAUUUUCCUUCUUCUUCUUCUUUUUGUAUAGACAUGACUCUGUUUGUUUUCUCAAUGUGCCUCUCUUGUAAGUUGUUGUUCCAUCGUUUUCCUGGUCUUCCCACUAACCGUCUUCCUAUUGGGGAUAUAAGUAAUUCAAAUAUUUUUCAUAUUUACGGUAUUACUCCAUUCGGAAUAUUUCUUAUAAAUGCAUUUACAGCCACACCGAUCAUAUUGGCAGAUAGAACAUAAAAAGUUGUACAAGAAGAACACUGUAACUCAAAAUUGCCAAAAAAUGUUAGUUACUACGUUAUUAUAUGCUUUUCUUCUUCUUUUUCUUUUUGUAUAGACAUGACUCUGUCUGUUUUUUCAAUGUGCCUGUAGUAAGUUGUCGUUCCAUCGUUUUCGUGGUCUUCCCACUGACCGUCUUCCUAUUGAGGAACCGUCUCUCGCUGUCCUUAUUACUCUAUUUGUUGUCAUUCGGCUAAUGUGGUCGUUCCAUUCUAUUCUUUUGUAUCUUACCCAGUUAUUAAUAUACACCUUGCAUCUCCGUCGUAUAUCUGUACUUCUAGCUCUGUCUCAUACAGUCUUACCAUCGAUUUUUCGAAGGGUUUUCAUCUCCGCUGUUUCGAGCAAUCUUUUUGUCCUCUCGGGUCGUGUUUCUGCCACAUAUGUCAUUAUUGGUCUGAUGACUGUGUUGUAAAUUCUGUCUUUCAUUUCUUUUCCGAUAUUUUUAUUUCUCCAUAUUGUGUCAUUCAGUCAACCUGCGGCUCUGUUUGCUCUAUUCACUUGAUCUUCCACUUCUCUUUCGAGCCUUCCGUAGCUAGAUAGUGUGAUGCCUAGAUAUUUAAACUCCAUCACUUGUUCUAUUAUCUGGCCCUCCAGCUCCAAUUUACACCUUAUUAGAUUUGCUGUUAUAACCGUGCACUUAGUCUUUUUUUGGGGAAAUUAACAUGUUAAAUUUUCUGGCGGUUAUGUUAAAUUGGUGCAGCAUACGCUGUAGAUCAUCUUCACCUUGAGAAAUUAGUAUUGCAUCGUCUGCAUAUCAUAUUAUUUUAAGUUGUUUUUCUACCAUUUGGUAUCCGUUUUUAGUUCCUACUUUUUUAAUUAUUUCAUCCAUGAUCAGGUUAAACGAUAAAGGACUCAAUAAAUUUUCCUAUUAUGGAUUUUAUUUGUCUUACUCAUUUGGACAUUUGAUAACUUUUUUAUAGCUUUCUCUACAUAGUUAUUGCCUUUGGUAAUCAUAUCUUAUUUAGCAUAUUUAAUAUUUCUGUUGCUUGAUUAUUCUUUUUAACUACACUCGUGUUUUAUACUGAAAUAAUGCUUCAUAGGUAUGAAAAUUGACUUUCCCGUGUGGUCUUCAUCCAGAGCUAUUUUGCUGUUCUCUUUGUCGAGGAAUUCUACAAGCACAUUUGUUUUUGUCAUUCCAACCUACUCUUAAAGCCCGAUUCUCAUUAGACGUGCAAGGAACCGGACCGGCAACGGCAAGGCACAUGCUCGGCAAAGAUUGUUUCGAAAUGAACGUCGCAUGCAAAGCCCGUCGCUUGCCGGUGCCUGCCACGCAUAGUGUGAAUUACAUCCGGUGAAGUGCAUAAGAUUUUAUGUAAAAUGUAUCUUGCCGAGCCGAUGCCUUGCCCAUGCCGAGCACUUGCCUUGCAUGCUAGUGAGAAUCAGGCUUAAGUGUGCUUAAGCUAUCGAUAAUGAUUCUCUUUCAUUCUAUUCAUGGAAGUCUGGUAAUAAAAUAUAGUUCUUGUAACAGAUCUUCAUAUAAAGUUCGUGACAGCUAAUGGCACUAUUAUAUCAGAUCAAAGAGAGAUCUGAUAAAAACAAAUAGCAAGGUUAUACUAAAAUCAUGGACAGAGCCUCAGUCAAUGGAGAAAGCUUAACAAUACCCACUUUAUGUAACGUUCAUGAAUUCACUAUGUAACGAUAUAUUUUGAUUUUGAGUUUUCGAAAUCAUCGAAUCUAAAAAAACCAAAAUGCCAAAUUUGUUAUGAUUAUUUUUUGAAAAAUUUUAGUUUUCGACUUUUAGGAAUGUAGGAACAUUUGUUUAGGACUUCCUUAACAUAAAAUGUCGUGCACAACCCAGUUGUUACAUUUAUUUUUGAUAUAUACCUCCGAAAAAAAUCAAACUGUCAACAAAACUUUUUAUCAAAUCCUAUUUUUGCAAAGUUUUAUCUGAAUAUAGGAUAUACUGAAUUCGCUAAUCUGAGACACAACUGUCUAGUGAUUUUAGAAAUUUGUUUUUGGAAGUUAAGUUGCUAGACGUGACUGGAAAUUACUACACAACCAAACAUGCCUGCUCAUAGCCAAUAUUAUUAAUAGUAAACAGACAUAAAUAACAUAAACCAUACGCCAAUUAAUAAUUAUUUAUUUACACCAUUAUAAUGUAUUGAUAACAAACGAGAAAAUUAUUUAUCGUACAAAUUAAAAAUAUUUUGAUAUAAUGAAUGAAAUAAAUUCCACAAAAUUUUAUGAGUUUAGUAUACACUCCCACUAUUUUCAAUAACUCUUCUUUUUUUAAUGAAAGAUUAAGUUGAUUUGAGCAGAAAAGAGUGUAUGGUAGGAAUUUUUUGUUUUGUAUUGUUUUGUGUUCGCUCGGCUGAGCGAAUUUAGUUUAUCAAUUCAUUUCAACUAAAAUUUUACAAAUUAGAAUGGGACUUUGGUCAAAACCCGAGAAUAAAUAAUAAACAAAAGCUUCAGUUUUCUUGGGUUGAGUUUCAGUGUGGGUAUAAAGUACACUUUGGCACGCACAGGCAUAAAGAUAAAAAAUUGAUAACUUUUUAUCGUACAAAUGAUGAAAUUAAAUUAUAACUACAUAACAUUAUUUAGUGGAAUUCUCAUAAAACUGACAAUUCUGAAAAGAUCUGGUGAUAGAUUGCCAGCAGCAAAUUUUGAUUUAUGUUUCAUUAUCUGCGUAUCAAGUUUAUGUAAGGAAUAGCCUGUCUACUACCUUUUAUAUACCCUUCAGCAAUUGACAUACUCUUCUAUCCACCGUGCUGCUUCAACUUUGUCAUACGGGCUCCAGCGUCUGCCAGAAGAGUUGUCGAUGUUCGACGAAGACAGUGACCUGUAAACUUGUCACGAUCCCUCAAACCCGUAUAUCUUCCAAGGAAAAAGGGGUUGUUCCAACUGGUUGUACAGUGGCCUUGUCUAUAGGUCAGAAAUAAUCCUUUUUUCUGAACAAUCACGUAGCCAUAAAGACAUGUAAUCUAUUAGUAGCUUCAAACUAUUCAUGUUGUCUUCGUCAAUAUUGGAAAUAAUGCGUCUUUUGUCAGUUUAUGUUUCUGAUAAGUUUACCACAAAAACUGAUAUUUUCGCAAACUGCAGUCUUAUGACUCACUUUUACUUUUGCAAAUAUGUAAUAGGUAAAGUUUUGCUGGUAAAAAAAAUAAAAGUUUGAAAAUGAAAAGUUUUGUUGGUGCUUUAAAUUUUUAACGGUAGUUAAUUUAACCAAAUAUAUGCUUUAGGUAUACUAAAAUUAAUUUUGUUGAUCAGUAUUGUGAUUUAAAAACUUUUUAUGUUCUCUUAUCAAAAAUUUGUUGAAACAAUGUUACCUUAUGGCUAAAUUCUUAAUAAGUGCCUAAUCAAAUAAACGAAUAAUCAGUUAAA